AUGGCAGAAGAGGAGGAGACCAAUGCCCGGCAGGCAGCCUCGGUGUAUGAGCUGUGUAUGAAAUUGGGUCAUCAACUUGACGAUGUACGGGAUCGAGCUGUGAGGGCCCUGAUGACUAAGACCAAUACUGGGCUUAUCAGUCCAAUAACUGUCGCACGAGUUGUCGAGUUCCCCCAGCUGGCACUGCAUUGGCUCAAUGAUCGACAUAAGAAGGCCAAUAUGGAUCUAGUUAAAGCGUUUAUUAGAUUCUAUACAGGAGUUGUGGCCACGUGUGUUGCGGAGAAUACUCAUAUACGAGAGAGGUUUAUUUCGAGCGGAGCGAUAGAGUUUUUCGAGGAUUUUCGAGGCUUUGAAGCUCGAUACGCUGAGGAGAUUGAUGCUGCGCUGUCGUGUCUGCUGAGCCAGACGGGCCCAUCGUCAUCGGGCCCGAUAGUCCAGCGCCCACCUAAGGACCCCCCACUGCCACCCGGUCAUGCUGCUGAGCAAGCGAAGGCUGCCAGAGCACAGCCGAGUUGGCUACAGCUCGUGUCGGUCUCUAGUGCUGACGAGAGAAGACUCUUUGAAGCGUCUUGUAGGAUCAAAUAUUCAAGUGUUGGUCGCAGCAAGAGAAUAGCAGCUCUCCAAGAGGUCCGAUAUGUUAUGGUCUACGACUACCCUGUAGAAGUAUUCUUUAGCCAUCAGGGUUUGCUCGUAGUGGAGGCCUUGUUGACAGCGCUAUCGGAUGAGAUCGAUCGAGAGGGUGUUGGUGAAGAGGAGCAGGACGACCUCAUAAGUAGGCUCAUCGCGGAGUCUCUCAAUGCAGUACUUUUUGGACUGAUGAAGAAGCUGGAACACAACGAGAAAUUACCCCUGUCGCCGUGUGUCGGGAGCAUCCAUGCCGUAUUGCUGGCCUUGGUCAAUACCAUUACUCGAUGUUCCUCGACGGAGCCACUCACGUCGCUCAAUGAGACUGCCAAGACGGCUCUUCAAGUUCUCACUCGGGGCUUAGAAAAGGAUGGGAAGCGAUAUCUCACUGAUCUGGGCCUCCCUAGAGAGGAGGUUCUCAAGUACUUGGACCUUGUUGCUGAUGCUCUGGCCAGGUAUUUCUGUCCAUCGGAGUACUAUGAGGCCUCGUCAUCGCUGCGUUUGGUGCGAUGUUGGUCACCGCCGAGGCUGGCUGUGUUCGACUUGUGUUCUGAGCUGCUAGUGCUCUCGAGGGAUGUUUUAAUGCAGAGGAAGAUGAAUGACAGACUGACGGAGCAUCUCAUCAGUUGGUCUAUGGAUACCCAGCUCUACCAUCACAGGGCUGAGGCUGUGGAGAAGCUAGCGGCAUUAGUUCUGCAGGGGCUCUCUGUGCGCGCCUAUCAGGACUUCCGUGCCUUGCAGUCCUCCUCUGAGCUUGACGUGUCAUCAGACAGAGUAAAGGCAGCUGGUCUAUUGAAAGGCAUGGGGGUGGAGCCGGACGAGUAUCAUUGGGGUGGUGACUGCUAUGCAGCGGUGGAGUUGCGGUAUGCUAUGAUGGACGUGCCUGAGGCGCAUCGAUUGGCUUAUGAGAGGAAGUUGGACGUCCUGCUAGCAUCUCGGCCUCCUAUGGAGAUCACAGGAGCAUCUUCGAGGACGGCAGAGUUGGUCUAUGGUCAGUACGGCAUGACACUCCGACAUGCAUUUGUUGUGGGUGGGCAUAAAUUGCGAGGAAAGGUGGUUGAAGCGAUGCAGAGUAUCAUCAUUGCUAUCGACACUCGUAGGCAACUAGCACUGUUACCGGAAGGCUUCGUUCUGAACAUGCUCACUAUAGCAUGUAGUGGUGUGGAGCUGAGCUCCUUCAGACCGUCGUUGUGGUCACCAUUCGUCCUACUACUCCUCCAAAGUGAUGGGCUUCGUGAGCUUACCUUGCAUUCUGUAAGACUGCUCUGUGCGAUGGUGGUCCAUCUCGGUCCGAACGUUCUCAGUAGAGAUAUUCUCGAGCUCGGUGUUGUUCCCUACAUCAUAAGGCCGAUGGUCAACUCGGGCACGGCUUAUCACUUUAUGCUCGCUGGCUCGCUCUGGCUUCUGGGUACGGCAAAAGCUCAUGCGCGGGAGCUCCGGGAUGUUCUGGUUCCUCUCACACACACUGGGAAUGUAAUCGUGGUCCGACAGCUGACCUGGCGGGUCCUUGGUGAUUACUAUUCGGACGAAUUGGAGGAGAGAAUCCUCGGCUGUGCGUUAGAUGAGGAUAGUGCGGUGGCGGUGAGAAUGGAAUGUUUGAGGAUUAUCGCGAUGAAUAUGACUCCGGUGAUUGCUGCUGAAAUUGCGAAGAAGUUGCCGUGCAUAGUGAAGGAGAGGGGACGGGUGGUAGACGGAGCGAUGCGGGAAGCGGCAGUGGAAGUGAUGGGCGCGAUAGAGGAUGGGGAAUCUUUGAAGAUUUUAGCUGCAGAGUUGACGAAGAUGAAUCUUUGGAGUGCGGUGAUCGACUCGGGAAGGUUUCAGAGUCUGAGACGUGAAAUUCAGACUAUGCAAGGGGAGAUAGUCCCGGUAGUGGCCGAGUUGGACUUCAGCGCGCCAGUGCGCGAGUUGCUGGAGUGCUUCCGUCCUGAGCACAUCUCUAGUGCUGCAUGUGAUGUCGCUAUUGCUAUCAAGUCGAUACUGACACCCUCUGCUUCAACGGACUCUGCUGUAGCCAACACCAUUCUUGGUCGGAUCUCGAAGGCGCUAUCAGAAGUUAUCACCGGCUUGCAGUCCGCUGGCACCCCUAGGGAAAGAUCCUCUGAGACAUAUCGUUUUGUAGCUACGUUAACGCAGCUACUGGGCAGAAUCGCCACGAUGCACCCUAUACUAAGUCUCGAAGGAGAGGCCCCGCCAUUCGUGAGGGCCUUCAAGAUGGUUUGGUUGGCGUCUACUUCUGAACGGAAGCCUCCAACAGAGCUGAGCAGCGAAGAGCUCACCGCCGUCCUUCUAGAUUUACUGGUUACUCUCAUAGACGUCAAUAGGACUCUCACCGCUAUCCCGGACCUGCUAGCCAGGAGUGGUCUCCUCUCCCUCGUCCUAUCGCUUGCCACUCGUGCUGAUGUCCCCACUGCAUUAUUGGCGCGAUGCUGGAAAGUUAUGAGUGCCAUUAUUGAUGCUCAUGUGAAGUCUGCCCUCAUCCUUCGAUCGACAGGUGGGGAAGCUGUCACCACCGCUGUCACCAGGGCAACAGUGGUCUUCGAUCUCGUCACAGGCGCUCUUGUUUGUUCGGAUUGUUAG